AUGACUCCUUCGAUAGACCAAUCGUCUUCCUCCUUGGAUGACGUCUCCAAGGUCAAGUCGGCUCUCUUGACUGCAGCCGGCUCGACCCCCAGGAGCGGCUCCCACACGCCCAUUGACCACGUCAUUGCCAACAAUGCCGGCUACGCUGACACCGUCUUUGAGGGCAAAGCCGACCAGGCUGCCCAGGUCAAGCAGCUCCUCUCAAGCAAAGGCUUCAUCCCUCCUAAUCUCGUCACUGCCGAGGUCGACUGGUUCUACCAGAACCUCGGAAUUGAUGACACCUACUUUGCCCUCGAGAGCGUAGAGACAGUCGCUGACCAUAUUCUCGCCCUCUUUGGUGCAAAGAUCAUGGCCUACACCAAGCACUCCACGAGCCUCGAGAUCGACCUGGAGAAAGAAUCCGAAAACGGCGCCGUUUUCAUUCACUCGUCCCAGGCCGGCAAGUCGCAGGCAGAUGGCCCCCAGUGGGAACGUCGUAUCGACGCAAACUACCUCGACAAGUCGUCCGUCAACAGGGCCUACCGUCUCGAGACAUACCGCUCCGCCGGCUCCGUCUCGGCUCAGUCGCAACAGCAGCUGAGAUGCUACUUUUUGGCCAAGUGCAACUUUGUCGAGCCUCGUCCCGCUCCCGACUCGCCCAGUUACGCCGACAUUCGUGCUGUCUCGGACAAGACCUUCCUCACCAAGGCCAGCGACAACACGCUCGACAUCUACCAGAGCAUCAUGGACGAGGUCCUCCGCCGACAGGGCCCCGUGAUCGAGAUGUUCGAGGUCGAGGGCAGUCGAGAGCGCAGGAUCGUCAUUGGAUACCGCAUGGGAACCACCAACUCCUUCUUUAGCGCCCUCUCGGACCUCUACCACUUCUACGGCCUCUUCUCGUCGCGCAAGUACGUCGAGCAGUUCUCCAACAACGUCACCAUCAUCUCGAUCUACCUCAACCCGCUCCCGGCCUCCAACAGCCCUCCCAUCGAGCACUCGAUCCACCAGGUCAUGAAGGAGGCGUCGCUCAUCUACGUGCUGCCGGAUAACCCCUUCUUCCAGCCUGCCCUCGCCGAAAACACCCACGCUGUUCAGGAGGCCACCUACGCCUACGUCGGCUGGCUCUUUGCUCAGCAUUUCUGCAACCGUCUCGGGCAGGCCUACCAGGCGUUGCGCAACGUGCUCAACGAGAACGACUCGCAGCAGGCUGCCAUCCUCAACGAGAUCAAGCUUCGAUUCCGUGAAGAGACUUUUACGCGUCAGUCGAUCCAGGAAGUCAUCGAGAACCACCCCACCCUCAUCCGUCUCCUCUACGUCCACUUUGCCAACAUCCACUACCCCGGCGGUGCCGACGACCAGGAGCUCGUCCCCACCCUUUCGUACCAGCGCCUCGUCAAGGAGGAGGUGCUCGACGACAACGAGAUGUACGACCGCAUCCGCAAGGCUGCCAACAACACGCACGAGCGACAGGUUCUCGAGGCCUUCCUCUUCUUCAACAAAGCCGUGCUCAAGACCAACUUCUACACCCCGACCAAGGUCGCCCUCUCCUUUCGCCUGGACCCUGGAUUCCUCCCCGAGGUCGAAUACCCCGUCAAGCCGUACGGUAUCAUCUUUGUCGUCGGUGCCGAGUUCCGCGGCUUCCACGUCCGCUUCCGCGAUGUCGCUCGAGGUGGCAUUCGAAUCGUCCGCUCCAGGAACCGCGAGAACUACUCGAUCAACCAGCGAACCCUCUUUGACGAGAACUACGCACUCGCCUCGACACAGCAUCUCAAGAACAAGGAGAUCCCAGAAGGUGGUGCGAAGGGUACCAUUCUGCCCACUCUCGACGCCAACCCUAAGCUCGCCUUUGAGAAGUACGUCGAUGCCAUCCUCGACCUGCUCAUCAAGGGCCAGACACCCGGUGUCAAAGAGGAGAUCGUCGACCUUCUCGGCAAGGAAGAGAUCCUCUUCCUCGGCCCCGACGAGGGCACUGCCGACCUCAUGGACUUUGCCGCAGAGCAUGCUCGCGCUCGCGGCGCUCCCUGGUGGAAGUCGUUCACCACCGGCAAGACCGCCGCCACCCUGGGUGGUGUGCCGCACGACGUGUGGGGCAUGACGUCGCUCUCGGUGCGUCAGUACAUCAUCGGAAUCUACAGGAUGCUGGGCCUCAAGGAGCAGGAGGUCACCAAGGUCCAGACCGGUGGCCCCGACGGAGACCUCGGCUCCAACGAGAUCCUUCUGUCAGUUGACAAGACCGUCGCCAUCAUCGACGGUAGCGGUGUCAUCUACGACCCCGUCGGGCUCAACAGGCAGGAGCUCGUGCGCCUCGCCAAGGCGCGAAAGAUGAUCGCCGAGUUUGACGCGUCCAAGCUGAGCUCGAGCGGCUACCGCGUUCUGGUCGAGCAGAACGACGUAAAGCUGCCCAGCGGCGAGGUCGUCCCGGACGGUGUUGCCUUCCGAAACUCUGCCCAUCUCCGUUUCAAGGCUGACCUGUUUGUCCCCUGCGGUGGUCGUCCAGAGGCGAUCAACAUCUCGAACGUCAACAAGCUUUUCGAUCAAGACGGCAAGCCGCACUUCAAGUACAUUGUCGAGGGCGCCAACCUGUUCAUCACAAGGCAAGCUCGACUGGAGCUCGAGAAGCGCGGCGUCAUCCUCUAUCCGGAUGCCUCGGCCAACAAGGGCGGCGUCACUUCAUCGUCGCUCGAGGUGCUCUGCGGUCUCUCGCUCGAGGAUGCCGAGUACGUCGAGUCGAUGCUGUUCAAGGAUGGCAAGCCGACCAACUUCUACCUCUCGUAUGUUCGCGACAUCCAGACCAUCAUUGGCCGCAACGCUCGCGCCGAGUUCGAGGCCAUCUGGCGCGAAAACAUCGAGACGGGCAAGCCUCGAUCCACCAUCUCGACCGAGCUCAGCACCACGCUCAACAAGCUCUCCGAGGAGCUCGAGGCGACCGACCUCUUCUCCAACGAACAGCUCCGCUCGGCUGUUCUCGGCCAGGUGUUUCCUCCCACCCUCAUCAAGAAAGUGGGUCUUGCCAAGCUCAUCGAGCGCAUUCCUGAGGCGUAUGCUCGUUCCGCUUUUGCUGCCAAGGUCGCCGCCAGCUUUGUCUAUGCCAACGGGCCCAACGCCAGUCACGUCGACUUCUACAAGCACAUCUCGACGCUGUUGGCGCAGCCAUCGCCGGCAGCACAACAGUGA